AGUGUAUUCCCGUACGGACCGGUGACGUGCGUCCGCCGGGGAGAUGGCGGCGGCGGGCUGCGUGAGGUUGGUCGGUAACUGGAGCUGGUGUCGAGUCCGGGCCGCCGUGUCAUCUCUGGCAUUCGCGUCAAGAUAUCAGAGUUCUCAAAAUAAUGCAUUUCAACCAAGGAAAGAAGCAGUGACAUCAUUAUCAAAACCACCAUGGCCUGAGAUUAAAUUGCCAGAUCCUCUGGAAGAGGCAAAACAUCACCUGGAGGUUGUACAGAAUGUAAAGGCGUUGAUCACUGCAGGAGCAUACGGCAGGCUGUUUGCAGUUGUACACUUUGCAAGUAGACAAUGGAAAGUAACCAAUGAAGACUUAAUCCUGAUAGAAAAUCAUAUUGAAGCAGACUGUGGUGACAGGAUCAGACUAGAAAAGGUUCUGUUGGUUGGUGGGGAUAACUUCACACUCAUUGGAAGACCAAUUCUUGGGCGAGAUCUUGUACGAGUGGAGGCAACAGUCAUUGAGAAGACAGAAUCUUGGCCUAGAAUACACUUUAGAUUCAAACGGAGGAAACGUUACCGGAGGACAAAGACAAUUGUGCAACCUCAGACUGUUCUCAGAAUCAACACAAUCGAAGUUGCUCCAGCUCUGGCUUGAGUGCUGGCAACUUCGAGUCCACAAGGCUAAUAAAACACCAUCCUACAAACGCAGUGAUCCAUACACGUGAACUGCAUUCCCAGGACCUCUAAAUCAUUUGGUGUUACAUCAUAUUUUAAGUUGCUUCCAUAGGUAUCUGGUGUUUGAAGUCUUUGUACAUGUUAUAGAGCAGUACUUCUACUAAUCAAAGUACAUGCAACAUGUGAAAAUAAAUAUUUUCAUGGAAUCUGA